CCGCCUCCCCUCCUUCUCUUCCCUCAGCCGUCCUUCUGAAUACAUUUUCUUCGCCUCUUUCGCCUCCAGCAAUUACCCAGGCCGCUUGUUUGUGCUUCUCCAUCGGCCCUUCCUACUGCUUUUUAAAGCCCGCACAACACUCCGCCUCACUUGCCCGUGUGCUUUCCCGAAAAAAAAAAAACGCAACAGUCCCACAAAUCCCUCCCUGGUCUUGCAGGCGUGUGGAGGACAACGGACCGCCACAGCAGUCCCGCACCGACAGAAUAGUAGAGGCCUGGCAGGAGGCCCGUCCUGAGCCAAGCCAGCCUUCUUUUCUCUCAUUUUUUGCGCACUAUUUCAAUUGUGGUGUUUUUUUUAUUGUAGGUGCUAUUGUACAGCCAGUAUUCUCUAAUGCGACCGCGGGCAGCGACAUACUACGAAGGGCGGGCACAGCGCGAGGUGCCACGCACCAGGGGCGACAUGGAGCGUGCUCUGUCCCACCGGCGCAACGCGCCCGCCUCGUUCAACGCAAUGGUGGUUGGGCGUGUGGGAGUGGGAAAAUCGACGCUCCUGCAGACCCUGUGUGACUCGUUCUACAGCAUCCGCCUGAACUCCCUGGAAGACAUGGGGUGCGGGCCCAUUUUCGACAACCAGCGUGACUGCGACAAGUCCAAAGAGGUCACAAUCGACCCCUUUUGCCUAUUCAACACGACGCGGCCCACGGAGGACUUCCGCCACUGCAAGAUCGUGACUAGCGAUGUCGACAAUAUGAACAAGAUUAAUGUCGAGCUCAUCGACACACCAGGCAUCGACAGCCAGGAUUUGGCCAAGGCGCGCCAGCAGGUCAACAAAAUCCAGUGGGCGAUCGAGCAAAGGCUGCAGGCCACUGUCCAGGAUGAAAUACAGGCGCGGCGCAGCAAGCAUACGCGGAAUCGCCACAUUCACGCCAUCAUCUACAUGCUGGCACCGCCCGUCCAUGAAAGCGCCUUCAAGAAGCCGCACUCACCGCAUCCUGAAUCUGCCAUGGAUUUGGUGACCAAGACUGACCUCAUGGCUAUCACUCAGCUGGGCCAAUUUGCCAACAUCAUUCUGGUCUUUGGCAAGUGCGACACAAUUGACAGGCAUACCAAGGAGGCUAUCCGAAAGGGCUCGUUCUUCCGCCAGCUAAGAGAGCGUGUCGAGCCUGCCAAGCUGUUUGACUUCACUGAUCAUCGGACGCUUCCUGUCGAUGAGGCCCAGGAUGUGGCCAACUUCCGCGAGUACAUCAUUGACCGCCUCCCGUUGAUGGUAUGCGGCAGCAGCCAUGUCACCGAGUGGCAGAAGAUGCGUCUCCCCGAUUUCAUGGCUCCCAAGUUGACGGGCUUGCUGGACUGGCGCUACCUCGACCACCAUCUCAACUCCCCGCGGUUCUCCGAGUCGGCAAUUGCCGAGAAUACGCUUGGUCCAUUUGGCUCCGACGUAAGCGAGGUGUCUAUCAGCAACGGCAGCAUCGUAGGCAAUGGCCAUGGGCCCGUUCCAAUCAAGCGCUAUGCACAGCGGCGCAAUAUCGCGCUGGUCCGCGAGUUCGGCUGGGGUGUCCUGCAGCUGACCAACCCGGACCACUGCAAUUUCUCGCUCCUCCACGACAUCCUGUUCAAGUCGUACCGCGAGGCGCUUGAGACAUGGACCAACGAGUAUUUCUACGAAAACUACCGCAUGAGCAGGCUGGCUUCGAACCCCGACAUCUCUCAGUGGAGCAGGGCGCAGCAGAUGAUCUUCCAGCAGGAGCUGGAGGCCAAGCACACUGCGUUGCCACUAGACCCACCUGGCGCAUGCACUGGCGACCAAGCAUGCAAUGUCGCUAUUGCUAGCUCAUACCCGAACACGGCCAUGAGCGGCGCCAACAUGCUAAGCGCGAACACGAGCCCAUCAAAGGACGGGGCGAAUGGCCAGCCGCAGUUCAACUUCUCGAUUCCGUUUCCACCGCCAGGCGGGUUCUCGCCGUUCAGCUAUAGGGACCAGCGCGUGUCUGAUGCAACCACCUUGACGUCACGCACUGCGCACCUUAGUGUCGGCAAAGAUGUGUCGGACACAAUGUCCGAUAGGAGAAGCAGUAGCGUUUCCUCGUCUCUUAGACGGAACCGCUACGCCGUCACCACCAGCACACAGCCUGUUAUAUUUUAAUCAUAUCAUUACCUAGCCACUGUUCAUAUAACACUUUAACAUGUCCAGACAACUCUGCAGUC